UCUGUCCUGGACAUCUUUCCUUUUGCUUUGGACGCUUUACUAUUUCCCACAAAUACCAUAAAGACUAGUGAAAAAAAUAACAAAAACAAAAACAAAGUAUCUAAUGGGGGAUCAAAAUCUGCAGUUCAUAAUCAGCUACCCAAAGUCAGUGAGGUGAAGCUUAAAGCACAGAAAAUUAAGGAUACAAGAGAUUAUUCCUUUCUUUUGUCUGAUGAUGCAGAGCUUCCAGCUCCUUCAAAAGAGCCUCCACCCAGGAAUAUGCCUCCCAGAUGUUCUGAUGCACGGCCAGCUCAAGUACAAGGAAGGAAUAAGCAGCCUUUAAGCAGUGGUGGCAAGCAUGUUAAUGGUGGUCGUGAGGACAGAAAACUAGGUUCUGCAGGUGGCCAAUUACUUCCUAAAGUGGGGUCCGGUAAUAAGUUAGCUUCUUGCAGUAAGCCUAGUAUGGCAUCAGCAGAUUCAAGAAAACAGCUUGGAAACAACAGUGUGAAUGGACCUGGCCGGCCUGUGGGACUGAAAGGCUUGCCUCCAAAGACACCUGUUGGUACCAUGAGCAAUAAGUCUUUGGUGACUGGUAUAAAAGGCCAUGUAAAUGCUGUUCAGAAACCACCCGUUUCAAAAACUCAUUCAUCUAUUUCAAAGCAGAGUGUGGAACAAAGAAAAGAUGCUAGGGAAAAGCCUAAAAUGAUGCCCAAACAGCCGGUGGCACCUUCUAUUCCUCAGAAAUCAAAGCCACCUACACAGGUUACAACACAACGUCCAAUCCAAGAUCAACGCCCCAAGAAGAAGCCUGUAAGACGGCCCUUUGAUGACGAUGACGACGAUGAGGGUCAAAGGGCUAUUAGCAUGAUCAGAAGAAUGUUUCACUACAACCCCAACAAAUUUGCUGAUGAUGACGAGGAUGAUAUGAAUAUGGAGGCAGGCUUUGAUGACAUCAUGAGGGAGGAAAGAAGGAGUGCCAAAAUUGCUAGGAGGGAGGAUGAAGAGCAACUCCGAUUGAUAGAGGAGGAGGAAGAAAGAGAACGGAGAAGUCGAAUGGCCAAGUUAAAGAAGCGUGGGAAAGACGUCCCUGUGUAGGCGCAGGGGAUGCAUGCAUGUUGCGAUAUUUUUUUGACUGAAGACUGAAAACUUCAUUCAGAGCAAAUGGUAACCAAACAAUUUAUAAGGCAAGGAUCCAAAGAUUAACUUUCAUCAUCCACCACGUCUAAGCCUAAAGGUGGGGAUGAUUAAAGAUGAUCACUGUGGCAACUUAUAAGAGCCUUCUUCUCCUUCUUUGAAUUAGAGGGGUAGGCACUUAUGGCUUGAAGUAACAAGAUCAAACCUAUGACCUCUUACUUAUAUGAGAGUUUACAUGUCAUUAGAUUACAACACCAUUGGCUACCUUUCCAAUCUUCCAAUUCUACCGUAAAACCCUUUAAUUUAUUUUGAGUGAAAAGGGAAUUAUAUUGACAAAAUAUACAAGCGGAACAAGAGUUUAUAAAAGAAACACGUUAAGCCUCAUGGUCCAGAGAUUGAAGGAACCCAUGGGCUUUAACAUUAUAAUAAACUAAGUCAUAGGCUGAUCUAACAAUACAAUGGGGAGUGAUGAUUUCAUCGGUAAGUAUUCUCUUAUUAAUGUUGGUCCAAAGUUUCCAUGCCACAACACUGAAGAUGAGUCUCCAAUGAGUCCUCAUGAUGCGUGGGUUGAGGUUCCAAUGUAACCACUCCUCAAAAGGCUUGCUGAAGAAGGUAGAGGCUGCAUGCUGUGGGACUAGCAUUAUCCAACAAAGUCUGGCUGUGUUACAUCUAUACGGGACGUGGUCCACAUCUUCAACAGCUUUGUUGCAAGCUUCACGAGGCAUUUGAUGGUAAGCCUUGUCGAACUCGUUCAGCAUUGGUGAGCAGGCGGUUCUUCUCAGCUAACCAAAGGAAAGUAUUGACUCUAGGCACCCCAGGCCAUUUCCAGAUCAAACUCCAUGGCUGUGGUGCUUCACUUCCAAAGGGGUUCUUAGGUUGAUUUGUAUGCAGAAGCUGCCGAGAAUUCACCAUUGCUAGUAAGGUCCCAAUAGUAUUAGUCAGGAUUGUAGGAGUAACUACUUUUAAAGGGUGGGCAGACUUCCUACUCUUCCAUAAUUAUCAUGCAAUAAGCACAUGUUCUGUGGGCAGACGAAUUGUGGCUUAAAAUUACUGGGCAUCCUGGAAGGAUUAACAGAAAAAGAAUGUUGUGGAAUGAAGCUGAGUUUGUUAUAAA